CUGACGUCAGCAGACGGAACUCCCCUCCUCCCGACCCCACAGCCAGCAUCCAGGAGGCUGCUGCUGUUUGACCCAGCCUCAGUAAUACACAGCCAGUGGAGGCUCCAGUGAGGGGCAGCUAACCGGAGAUGGUUUCAUUUGUGAACGGCGAAUGUGGCUCGGAGUCCGUUUACAAACGGAGAAGGACAAUUGAAGCAUCUCCUCCUCCAACAGAAGCGCUCACAACCGUCCAGCAGAGGCAGACAGCCCGGCACAGAAAGCAGACACUCAUGUCCAAGUUGAGUGACUCUGGUUUCGAAGAAGACUUGGGAUCCUCCCCGAUUUCAUCCCCGGCACGGAUGGUUGUGUCCCCUCUCCGUUCAGACGAUCCGCCUGCAGGACAGCUGUCCAACUGGUACCUCCAGUACGGGGACAUCGGUUUCAAGAUCCAGAGGGAGAAGGAGGCUCAGUUUCAUCCCUGCAAAAGCUUGGCACGCCAGCCACAACUGACUGCAGAGGCGAGGUGUAAGCUCGUCAGCUGGCUCAUCCCUGUACACAAACAUUUCCGUCUGUCCUUUGAGUGCUGCUGCCUGGCAGUGAACAUCAUGGACAGGUUCAUGGCAUCCACACCGGUGGCUGCUGACUGCUUCCAGCUGCUGGGUGUCACUGCACUCCUGCUAUCCAGCAAACAGGUGGAGAUAUGCUCACCACGGAUCAGCCAUCUCUUGUCACUGUGCUGUGAUGCCUUCACUAAGGAGCAGCUCUGCAACCUGGAGUGUCUCAUCCUCCUCCGUCUUAACUAUCGCCUCGCUGCACCCACCCUGGCCUUUUUCCUGGACUAUUACACCAACUGCAUCGAGGCUUCCCAGCUUGAGACUGAGAAUACAGGACAUGGGUCUGUACGAAUGAAUCCAGACACAAACAGACCCCGCCAGUGCAGCAACCUUGCACGAAAAGUGUGUGAGUUGAGUUUGGCAGACUACGCUUUCAACAAAUACCCACCAUCUCUGACUGCUAGCUGUGCACUGACGAUAGCCAGCGAGUUACUGAAGACUGAACAAGAGCUUGUUGAGCAUGAAACCUUCCAGUGGGACAGUUUUGUGGAUGAGCUAUGUGAGACAUCUGAGAGCCCUGAGCUUUCUGAGAGCCACUUCCUGUCUGUGAGUCAGGGGAGACACGACCACAGUCUGGCCCAGGAAUGCAAAGACAACCUGAGGCUGUUGGUGUCGUUAAACCAGGAGACACUGGAAGUGAUGUCUGCCAUGUGACUACAAGUGUGCCACUAUUCAGAUGUUAGCAAAAUGCCAAAAUCCCCACUAUUUUUAUUAUUUACCUUUAUUUAAAGGUGAUGUUCAGAAGUUAAGUCUGGUGUUUAUGCAAACCUACUCAUGUACCUCAUAGGCUGAACUGAAUGAAUGUUUCCCUUGUUUAUCAUUGAAGAUAUUCAUAUAUUCAGUUUAUUUUAAUUAAUUCUAUAUCAGAGUUUUUAUUUACUGUGAAUGCACUGACUUGCUGUAACUGCUGCAACCUAUUCAAUGAAGGACCUGGAAAAAGUACUGUAAUUAAUUGUUUGUUUUCAUUAUGAAAUAAAUUAUCAGUAAAUUAAUUUGUGCCAGUGUC